GGCGGGCCGGGGCGGGAUGGAGGAGCCCGAGAUGCAGCUGAAGGUGAAGAAAGUGACAGACAAGUUCACAGAGAGCAUGUACGUGUUGGCCAACGAGCCCUCGGUGGCUCUGUUCCGGCUGCAGGAGCACGUGCGCCGCUCCCUCCCCGAGCUGGCUCAGCACAAGUCUGACAUGCAGAGCUGGGAGGAGCAGAGCCAAGGAGCCAUCUACACUGUGGAGUAUGCCUGCAGUGCCAUAAAGAACAUGACUGACAGCAGUGUGUACUUCAAGAGCAUUGACAGCCUUCUCAGACAGGCCAUAGCCAUGAAGGAUCAGCUGAACACUGCCCAGGGCCACAGCACUGUUGCUCCACAAGCCAAGAAUCCUUCAGCCAGUUCCUGACUGCAGACCAGACUGACCCAUCCUCUGCCACCUUCCCCAGCCCAGCUCUCCAUUCUCCAGCCAUGGGGAGGAGUGAAAAACCACCUGCUCCAUCUGUGAAGCUGCACCCAAGCCUCUGCCCACCUCUCCCAUCCCAGUGAAGGUGCUGAGCAGGGAAAUCCUGCCACUGAGGUCAGGUCUACCUUUGGGGAGUGCUUUGGGGAACCCUUCCCACAGCACUUUGCAGGAUGGGGGUGGAUCUGCAUUUGUCCUUUCCACUUCUCCUCCAUGGCACACUGCUGCAGGGUUGGUUUUCCUCUCUACCUCUUGGCCACAGAAAUAGCUCAGAAAAGAAAACUGGGUCUUGCUUUCAAUGUUUCUGUGUGCAAAUGUGAUGUAGGCACACUCCAGCUUUGUGCAGGAGGCAUUGUGCAAGGAGAGGUUUUCAUCUGUGUGCCAAGGAGUUGGGUUUAGUGAGAACAAUAAUAAAGAGAAGGAGAAAACCACA